CUAACCGACGGCCAGAUCCUAGCGCAUCGGGAAGGUGGUGGCGUCUGUGUGUCGGCCUCGCGUAGAUGCACGUCCAGGCAUGCUCUUGAUGAAACGACCAAAAGAAAGCGAUGCCGCAGCAUCGAAGCGAAGUGUCGGGUCUGGUGUGUUACCACUGGGAGUGAUGUGGUUGGUGGGUUUGGGUGGGGUAGCGUAGGCGACCUUGGACAGCUGGGCCUGUCCGGGAUGAACGUCAACCCGCGACACCUCUCGGGACUCACGACUAUCCAAAGCGACGACAACAAAGGAUAUCACAGUGAUCGUCCUUUCAUCACAGAGCUCCUGUCAGCCACCGGCCCGGAAGCCUGGGCGAAAUUGUGGAAAGUCCUGCGUCCUUCGAACGGAACCCCUCCGUCUCGUACCUCAGAAAUGCCCGCAACAGAAAGCGAGAAGAUUGGGAUCCUGAGCAAUGCCGAAAGAUUGAGAGCCAAAAAAAGAUGCCAUAGAAGAGCAAGUAGGAGAAACGGCGAGAGCAUGAUAGCAGAUUCUACAGGAGAUUCGCAGCGAGGACGACCGCGUGAUAUCAGCCCGGCCGUAGAAGAUGAAGGGCGAUGCCUCUCGAAACUGUCUCGGAGUACCUGCCAAUCUGGGGCAGCCGUUCAAAAAGGAAGCAAAAGACAGCUAAGAGUUGGAGCGUCCCUCAAGCCAUCCUGGACGUUCCUGGCGAACCUGUAGCACUCUAGGAGCCUGAGCACCUAAGACGUGGAGACA